CCGUGGCUUCCCCUCGAGGACGACCGCGUCCGGCGACUCGUCGAGGCCCGCGGACCGAAAGAAUGGCCGAAGCUCGCCGUCGCGUUCAACGAGACGCUGGACGAGAAGGACCAGCGCACAUCCAAGCAUAUCCGCGAUCGCUGGACCAACCACCUCGACCCGAACGUCAACCGGGACCCCUUCACCGUCGCCGAGAUCGAGAUCAUCCGCGGCGCGCAGCGCCGAAUGCCCAACGAGUGGACCAAGAUCGCGGCGCUGCUCCCCGGGCGCACGGACACCCAGGUCACCAACUUCUGGACCAACACGAUCAAAAAGCUGGCCCGACGCGCGCUUAAGUAG